UUUUGAUACCCAUUUCACAGCUGCCGAGUCGAGGCCAAGGGCCGGUGAGGAACAGGUCGCCGGGGACCGAGUCCUCGCCUUGCUGGCCCACUGUCUUUGCGCCUGGCACACGGUGAGGACAGAGCAACGGGGAGCUGGGGCCUCUGCCUACGGUUUCACCGCUUUCCUUCACUACAAGGGCUAGAAGAGAAGGAGGCAAACAAGGAAAACAAAAGUGAAAACCAUUUCUCUGCAAGCCCUGCUCUUGCAGGAAGUGUUGUUUCAGUUUGUGUCAUUUCUCUGCCCACAAAGCACACAUCCAAGUUCUCAGCUGACUGAGAAGAGGCCAAGUAGAGGCUCCGGCUUUCCCCCGAGGUGGGGGAGCCUGCUGGAAACCCAGCAGAACCUGCUGGAGACUGCGCCGCACAUCGGUCCCCCUGCAGCACCCCGCCAGACCAGAGGCCCCGGAGAGGUCGGUUUCCUCCUCUGGAAGGUUAAAACAAUGGCUCUUCCCAGCCAGACUCCCUGUUCUUCGGAUACGGAAAAGAGCAGAGAUGCCCUUCUGAGCUUCACAGUAACAGAGACCCCUGAAAUCUGCCCAGGUGUGCAAGCAGAACGUCGUGUGACCCGUGAGCACGCCUCUAAUCUUCCCAUGGACCAAAACAGCUCAACUUUGGGGUGGCAGGAGCCUCUGGACGACGAGGCAGGGAUGGAAUGCCCGAGGGACCAGGAGGACAUUCUUCUGUGUGAAGGUGUGCAGCAGCAAGAUAGAGACCUGUCGGCUGAAGAAAUGAUAAUUUUGGAGGAGUUUCCCAUCCUCAAAGAGGAGCUAGAAGUGGAAAUUAGAGAGCUCUAUGCCCUUGCAGACAACAUCGACACAGCCCACAAAACAGUCACCAAGACCAACAUGGUGGCCACCUCCGUCACUGUGGUCUCCGACGCCAUGAGCAUCCUGGGUCUGGUCCUCGCGCCAGCAACAAUAGGAGGAAGUCUCAUGCUCUCUGCCGCUGGUAAAGCUCUGGGGACAGCAGCCAGCCUCACCAGCAUCUUCACCGACGUUAUGGAACACUUCCAGAAUCAAGAAGCUCGAACCCGGGCCAGCAGCCUAGUGCCCACCUGUGACCACGAGGUCACGGAGGCUCAGGAAAAGGUCUUCCACGCCAUAAGUGUCGGAAAGAAGGCCUUCAGCUGCGGAAGUAACAUCAGGGAUGUCAAGAGGAACAUCCGUGCCUUUCAGGUGGUCAGAGCCCACCCGCGUCUGGCCACUGCCGCCAAGCGUCUCCUGACCACCGGCCAACUCUCGGCCCGAAGGAGCAGUCAGGUGCAAAGGGUCUUUAAGGGCACAGGGGUGCUGGUAAAGAAAAGUGCUCGCGUGCUGUGUGGUGCUGUGACUGGCUUCUUCCUCUGCCACAACGUGGUCACCCUCCUGAGCGACUGGAGGCAACUGAAGGAAGGAGCAGGAACCAAGAUGGCGGAAGAGCUGAGGGCCCAUGCUCGGGAGCUGGAAGACCAGCUGACAGAACUCACCCAACUCUACGAGAGCCUCCAGCAGCAGAACCUCUUGCAAGAGGAAAGGCCCAGGAUCUCAUCUUCAGGCGGAGCCCCAGGGUCUCUGGCUCAGUCCCCAGACAGGCGUGGGGAAGCGGGACCCCAGGUGACAGGAGAGGAUUACGGCGGGCUGAGUCCAGGCGCCUCUGAGCAGAAUUAAAGGGAACAGGGACGGGACAGGCUGGAUUGGCAGAGGCGAUACCUGGAGACUCAGCCGCCAGGAGGUCCAACUGGGGCCUGAGGGCGCCGUCCGGGAGUGAGUGUGGCGAGGUCUGCCUGUCCUGCCUGUCCUUCGCCACAUUCCUUCUUCACUGUCCCCAAUCCCUUUGCUCGGGCGCCGCCUCAUUCCCACUGCUUCUCCUGUGCCCCACUCUCUCACGUGCACACAGUAGGUCUUCAUGAAGCGUGUAGUGAUUCGUGUGGGCUCUAUAUCCCACGCAGAGGACAGGACAAGAGGGUCCCUGAGGUGAGGGACACCUCAAGCUCACCUUUCCGUGGCCCCGGCUGCCUGCUGUGCUCCUUCCUCCCCCAUCAGAGGUAACGCUGGGUGAGACCGGGGUUUGCACUCACUGGAACCCGCUUCCAUCCAGAUUCCACCCGGAAGGAGAGAGGCCCAGGAGCCCUCCGCUCCUCCCCAAGUUCAGACCAACUUGGGAUGUCCUUGGAAUCAGCGAAGACCUCGCCAGGCUUCCCAAAUCACCUGUCUUCAACCUACUUCUUUCUUAUGUUUUAGCUAUUUUGAAAGCAGUGCAUGGACAUUAAAUUCAAGUUUUAAAAAUUCAGGCAGGGGCACCGGGUGGCUCAGUUGAUUAAGCGUCUGCCUUCA